AUGUUACUAUCACCUAAUAAUGUUAACGCUCCUAGAAUAAACGCCAUUAUUAAUACUGACAAGCCAGUAUAUGAACCAGAGGAUCAGGUAUUUGUAGAAAUAUUAUUGAUUGAUCCUUUGAAAAAAACUCCCUAUUAGUUUUCUCAAUUAUAAUCGGUAAAUACUAAUGCAGCACCUCAAAAUGCUUAGCUUCAGCUUCAAUCAACAGAAAUUUUAAUUGUGUUGACUGAUUUGAAUGGGAUAUCAAUUGGAAAAACAUCUUAAGAAAUUAAUUAUUUCAAUUUCACCAGAAUACUGACGAAUCCAUCACUAGGAUUCACUUACUUACUUCCUAAAAAUUUGAGUGAUGGCUAAUAUCUGAUAAGUGUCGUGAGUAAAGAUUUCCCUCCAGAGUAAAAAGUCAUUUAAGUAAAAUCCUAUUAUGAUUUUUUUCCUCAAAAAUAUGAAGUUAAGCUAAUGAUUUUCAAUGAAAAGGUAGAAUUAAAUCAAACAAUCUAUGGAAGGGUUGACAUUCUUAACAAUACAUAAAUCUAUGACAACUUCGUCCCUCUACCUUCAAAUUAUUCUAGUUAUACUUUAAGCAUUAACUAUAAGUGCUAAAGUAUUCAGGAAACUCUCAACUUGACACUGGAUCAGUCAGAAUUUAUUUAUUUCUCUAUAAAUCCCUAAAUCUAUCUAGAACAGGGCAAGAUAUGCUAACUUUAAAUUAAAGCAACCAUUAAAAUUGAUAAUUCUACUUAUUAAUCCGAUGAGCUUGGAUUUAAGUUGGGGGAUAUUGACUAUUCUUACUAUUAAAACAUCAAAGCUAUCUUCCAAAGUAUGUAGCUUAGUGACCCAGUUGUGAAUGACUACCAAACAAUUUAUUACUAUACCUAUGUGGACUAAAAUUAGACUGGAUAAGUAACAGAUAUACCAUUCAUCUUCAAAAAUGGAAGAUUUGGAGCAUAUGUUAAUGAUGGUAAAAGACCUGAUGCAUCUAUGCCUACUUCAACGCCUUUUAAUUUCUAGGGUUCUGCCAUGAUUGGAAAUCAUUUUACAAUAACGGCUGAUUCUUUUUAUGACUCUUAUUAUCCAUAUCCUGAUAUUAAAUAAUCUUAAAGAAAUGUAAUUAGAAUUCCAAUAAUUAUCGAUGGGAUCUAAACUAUUAGAAAAUAAUACUAGAAUCAAUUAGAUUUGUCUACUGUGAAUUACACUUUUGAUCCGUAAUAACUUAAGACAUUUAAAUAUUCUAAAUAUGACAAUGAAUUUGGAUUGUAUUUUAAUUAUUCUGAUGGUAUUUUCAGUUUGAACCCUCAAAGCAUAUCCCAACCACUAUUAGUCUUGGGUUCAUUCCCUACCUUGGACAAAUUAAAUCAAUAUUUUAGUUAAUAGUACUAAUUAUUCUCAGCAAUAACUUCUAAAUCAAAUGAUUUUACUACAAACGCCUAAGUUUUUAAUACCUAACAGAAAAAUAAUUUAAAUUAAAAUAACCUGAGAAUUGUCUAAAAAUUUGUAAACUAUACUAUUGAAUUUCUAGGAUACAUUUACCAAAAUAAUGUAACUGCUCUCAGAUUUACUAAUGAUAGCUAAAAAAAUUUAAAUAUCCUGGUUAGCUUGUUUCCUGAGUAUUCUAAUGCGAAACUAAUAAGUUAUUAUGGAUUAUAAAAUAUAGUGCAAUCAAUUUGUAAAAAUAGUAUUUAUUAAGGUGAAAUAGCAAACAAAUCUCUUAAUAUUGGAGUUACUUUUUCAAUACGUGAUGGUGAACGUGUAUUUGGUGCUGAUGAUAAUCUCAUAAUUUAUAUCAACACUUCAUAUGUGCCAAAAAACAGUGGUAUUUACUUACUCAGUAUAAAAAAUAAAGAAAAGUUUCCAAAUGGAGGUAUACUGACAUUAAAUCUGCAUAGAAUAAAGCAAGAAUACUUUAAUUUUGAUACAGCCAUUGGGUCAGCAAAAUAUCCUAUUUGUGACUACAACAUCAUUCAGACCAUGAUUAAAAAUGGCACAUUACCAAGAAGUAUUUUAGACAAUAGAGAUAAUAGCUAAUGCAUUCAUAUCUCUUUGAAUGGUUUGGUCAAUUUUACUGAAUUUAUUGGAGCUAUCUCUUUCUUUAAAACAGCAUAGACUAAUACCACUAGAGCAGAGAUAAAGUAGAUGAGAGAUAACUAUGUUCCAGAGGACAAACCAAAUGAAAACAUACUUGAACCUAGCCUUUCAUAUCAGGCUUAUUUUAAGAAUGAAAUUGAUGAAAAUACUCUCGGCUUUUUGAACCCUUAAAAUAUAACUCUUCAACCCUUUGCCCUAUUCGCAUAGUACUUUGGCUUUACUUUAGCCAACAAAAACACUUCCUAUUAAUACAGUGUUUAAACUUACAAAAUGUCUAAACAAUCUAAGCAUAUUCUAUCAUUUGUGGUUACAAGGAAUUAAUCUUUCGAAUAAUACGCAGUCUCAAUUGAAUAAUCAACUAAGAUCCUUCCUAUUGGAACAAGAAAAUUCAUUAAUUCUGCUGGUAUUAUUUAACUUAACUAAAGUUUGAUAUAAGAUGCAAUUCAGUUUACCGUCUUAAUGGCUGAUGUCUACCAGUACAAUACUACCUUCGUUGAGGUAGUUAUUCUUCCUUCCUAUGAAGCUUAUCUAAAGCAGACAUUAACUAACCUUGCCAAGAAAAAAAUUGAAACAGCUGAUGACAUAUUUGUUUAGCUUGAGUUGAUAAAUCAACUGAUUGAUGUCCUGAAUAAUCAAGCUUUAAAUUCAAAUAAUAUUGCUACUAAUCUAGGAGUUAUAACUGAGUCAAUAUCCAAGGCUAAAUAUCUCUGUAAUUAGAUGAUAUAUUAUGAGGAAUGGACUGUUUAAAACGCAAGGGAUAAGAAUGGAAACUAUAACCUAGGUUCCUCAAAUUUGGCUAAUUCAGCACCUUAAAAUAUUUCUAACGCUUUUAUCUUAUACUCAAUUAAGGAAGUAGAGUAAACUUAUUCGAAUAAAACAUUAAAUAUCUCGAGUGAACUCUAAACCCUAAUAAAAGCUGUAAACAAAACUUGCAAUAUAAGUGUGAAAUUUGAAGAUCUCAAAUCUGACCCUAUUUAAUUGGCUCUCACUUAUUUGGCUGCAUUUAAUUAUUCUGACAUUAAAGUUGUUUAGCUUUAAAAUUUGACUGAUUUGAUAUUCAAGUAGUUAUUAAAACACUAAAAAGAUUCAGGAGAAUUUGAUUCACCUGCGAGCUAGUCAUAGUUUUAGUAUUCUAUCUUUAAUGGCUAAGGUGAUAGUAGAAUAAUAGAAGCAACAGCUUUGGGUGUAAUAGCAAUGGUUUAAACUAAUAAAUCUCUUUAUUAAUAGAACAUAACUUCUGCUAUAAAUUAUCUAUUGAAGCAAAGCAAUCAAGGAAUGUUUGGUGGUAAUCUUGGUACCAUAUUAACUUUCAGAGCUCUUAAAUUAUAUGGUUAUAAUCAUUCUUCACUUGGAUCUGAUGUUUAAUUCAUACUUCAAGGUCUAGGAAUAAAAAAUAAGACAGCGAAAUUCAAAUCUUAUUCAGAACCAAUCUAGUUUAGUCUAAACGGUUAAGAUUUUAAUCCAGCAUUGAAAGUUGUACCAAUAACAGUAUCCAUGAUAGGUAGUGGACUAUUAAAGAAGGAUUUGGGUCUUGCUUUCUACACAGUGUAUUCUAAUAUUGAUAACAAAUACGAGGGAUUCAAUUAAACAACAAUCUAUCAACCAUCAAAGAAGGAUCCACAAUUACCUAUUAGGUAUAUUUGCAAAACCUUAACAAAAUCAAGAGUCAAAGCGUAAUCAAAGUAACAUUCCCUUAUCCUAUUUGCUUGA